AUGAAUCGUAUCAUUUUGAUUUUACUUAUCUGUUGUGGAUCAAUCAAUGCGAAUUGUAAUUCUCCAUCAGAUGAUGAGUCAAAGAUUGCUCGAGAAAAAUUGAUAAAAUGGAAAAUUUACAAUAAAACCUAUCAAGUAAAGGGUAAAACAUCAACAUAUGAAAUUGGAAUUUGUUCAACGCCUAAUAAUUCAAUAAAUAAUGGAGAUGCUAUUAUACAAAAAUUAACUAAUUCAUCUUCUAGUCUCGGACAAUUAAGUCAAUCGAAUCUUGUCGGAGAAGAUAAUUGGAUACUUUUAACAUAUGAAAAUGGUAGUCGAUUUCAUAAUCAAUGUGAAAAUAAAACACGUUCAGCUUCAAUUCUAUUUAUUUGUGGAAAAAAAACAGGUAAUAUUACAGUGAUUCAAGAAAGCUGUAAUUAUGUGUUUCAAUUUCAAGUCGCUGAACUGUGUACAUCCGUAGUGCAAGUAAAAAACAAAAUGAGUGGUGGUGCCAUAUUUAUCAUCAUUAUUCUAUGUUUAGCUAGUGCUUAUUUAAUUGGUGGAUUUUUCUAUAUGCGUAUACAACGUGGUGCUCGUGGCAUUGAUCAAAUUCCAAAUUUAGAUAUGUGGCGUAAAUUAGGCAAUUUAGCUGCUGAUGGAUGUAAUUUUUGUUGUCGUUGUAAAACAGAUGCAGCAAGAUCAGGAUAUAUAUUUGAUGAUUCCGGACCUGAUCUACGUGGUGAUGAUGAUAUACUUGCUCCAUAA